CAGCCUUGUUUGUGGGCGGGCCAGGGAGUUAUAAAAGGCCCCGCACGGCUCCCAAGACAGCCUGAAAGACAUCAGCAAAGGAUUUUUCACCCAGCAGUGCUGCCUGCGUCGCCAUGGCUAGCUACAGCCGUGUCUUGCUGCGGAUGCUCCCUCUGCGCAGGUGGCCGUUGCCUGGCCUGGGUCCUGUCUGGCUCAGCGAUGCCCAGCCAGCCUGCAGAGUCCUGUGGCCAUCCAGCCAUAGCCUCAUAGACCGGGUGGCGGCUGAUGUGGAGAGGCAGAUGCAGGACAUGGAAAAGAUGACCCGGGCCUUCUUCCAGGCUACCCCACUUCUGACGUGGGAGCGCGAGAGCCGAAGGGAGCCACAUGAGGAGAGCGCCACAGAGGCCACCAUGAAGGGGCAACCAGAAGGGAAGUACCACUUCUCUGUCGAUGUGGCAGGCUUUUCCCCAGAGGAGAUGACGGUGAAGCUGGAUGGGAGAAAAGUCACCGUGACCGCAAAGCGCCAGAGAGAGAGCAAAAGUGAGGGGGACGGCUACUGGCAGGAGCACCAAGAGUUGCGGCGGGAGACUCUCCUCCCACUCGAUGUGGACCUGCAGGCCGUCUCGUGUUCUUUGACCCCAGACGGACAGCUGUGCAUUGAGGCACCGCGCAUGGCUUCUUCAGCGACCACAGAGAAAGCCAUCCCGAUCGACGUCCAGCCUGCGGCACCGAAGACACCCAAUGGGGAAGAGAAAGAGUUGGGCGGCAACGAGGGGGCCAAGCCAAAGGAGACCUGAAACCCAACCUGAUAACUGUGGGACAAGCCCCCCUCCACAGCUUUGGUAGCAGAAGACACAUGUGGACAAUAAUUUGCAUGCACUGCUGACUCGCCUUUUAACCUGUGGCCAAUUUGGCUUUUUUCCCCUUUAUCAAGCCCAGCCUGGGCCCUGAGAACCUCUUGCACUUGUACAAUAAACCAUUUAUUUUUCCAAAAUGA